GCGGGACUGUCACUCGCGAGGAGAUGGAGAAGGUGGUCCGGGUCGCAUUCCUGCUCGCUGCCGUGGGCGCAGCCACGGGCGUCAGUGGCUUCGCGUCAUGAGGAGACGGUGAGACCUAGAGGAGUGAAAUUUGACGAGCGAAGAAGAUAACAUGAAAGCAAUGGAAAUUUGCAUAAAGAAGCUCAAAUUUGAUAGUGAAACUUUAGAAAAUAUUAUGUCAAAACCACCAUCGGAGGAUGAUGAAAACUCAAGGUGUCUCAUUGAAUGCACCAUGCAGAGUCACAAAAUACUCAUGAAAGAGUAUCUUGAUCUACUGCAGUUCGAGAAAUAUAUGAUCAAAUCUCUGAGCGAAGCCAACGAGGAAGUAGGACAGAGACUGCCUGCUGAGUUCAUGGAUCGUGCUAAAUCAUGUGGUUUACAGAGAGGAAAAGGAAAGUGCGUAACCGGAUUCAAGAUUUGGAAAUGCCUCUCUGAUUUGACUCUACCCUAUUUUGUUGGUGGUAUAACCACUGUCACCAUCUGAAAGAAGAUCGAGUUAAUAAAAUAUUCGUAAUGAAUACCUCUGUUUAUAAUCGACUGUAGUUUGGUAACCACAACUUUACCUUUUGUAUUUACAGUUAAAAUAAAAUAAAAACAUUUAACAACAGUA